UAGACGGGGGAGACCAGACGGGGACGGGCGAGACCAACUGGCACGUGAUGUGGGGGGGGGGGUUGGCGAUUGAUAGAGACGAAGGUCGCAGCUUGUGUGAGGCGCACGCGAGCAGGACGUAGCACAAGGAGAGAGGGAUACCCGCGGAAAUGCGCGCUCUGCAGCUCGUACGUGAGACCUGGCCGCUGAUGUUGGUGCCCCUGGGCUUCGUGAUCGGAUGGCGCCUCGACCGACACUUUGACUCCACCAUGGUGGACUACCGCAACAAGAGCAAGUUGUUCGCGAGGGAACUCAAACCCGGGGAGACGGAGACCUGGAAGUGAGGGGGGCUGGCUCCCCGUGACGCCCCCCCCCCCCCUGUCCCCAACCUUCGCCUGGAAGCCCUCACACGAGAUGUCAGCCCACCGUGUGAACUUUGAAUUGUCCCGUUUGGCCCUCUUACGCGAGUCGGGUCUUAAUAAACGGCCUGGCUGA